AAUUGCAAUAUGAUUUUUGUUCAUGUAGGAGAUUGAUAGAGGAAUGGAAGAAAACAUUAAGAUUGUAGAGAUGGAUCUUGGUGGUUCAAAGGGAAGUUUGAAGAGUAGAGACAGCUAUUCGCACCAUCCACAAGAACGAGUCGUGGAACAUAGAUUCUCAACUCAUUAUUCCUUAAAUAGUGCAUACUCGAAGCAAGAUAAUUGUCAGGUAUCUCCAGCAACAUCAGCUUUAACUGACAUGAGUACCAGAGUCCGCAGUGGUCAUUUUGAGGACUAUUCUUUCGGCACAGAACAAACCAGCCCCCAAUGUUAUUCAGCUAUCUCCAAACCUGAUCCGUCAAAGCUUCCUUUUGCAUUUCCAAGGCCUGAAUAUGCAGAAUCUGUGUCAUAUGACUACCCCUUAUUCCCCAAUUACAUGGCUAACACAGAAUCUUCACGAGCCAAAGUCAGAUCACAAAGUGCACCGAAAUCAAGGCCUGAUUCAUUUGAAAGGCAACCAAGCAGGCGACGGGGAUCGAUGGAAGGCAGAAAUCAUGUCCCGAGGGCCGUAAGGAUGCAACGGUCAUCUUCACACGUAGGAGCCACUGCUCAAAACUACCAAUACCCCUGGUCAAUCAAACUAAAUAGAUCGACAGUCUCCCUUAUAGACAGUGAGUGUGGAUCCACCAGUACGGUACUCACAAACACCAACUACUGCAGAUCCCUUGUUGCACUUGAUCCUUAUGGAGAUGGGUACUAAUAGCAUAUCUCGAUUACCAUUGGGACUAAAAUGGAUUGUGGCUCAACUCAACUGAAACAGAAAAUGCUGAUAUACAUCAAAUAAGAAUGGGAGAAGACAAAGAAACUGACAUCUAUUAUUAAUGUAGAAGCUGGUA